UGCCCGCGCUGUCCUGAAGGUGCUGAGGUGUCGUCACACUGAUGAGGCGAGCUUGAUAACGAUGGGUUAUCUCUUGUCGGUUUAGUAAAAUUAUAUCAUCAGCUUGCCGGUAUAAAAGUGUCUUCAUUUUUAUUCAGACAUUUCCAGUUAAGGUGCUCCUUAAUAGCAUUGUUCUUACUUCUCUGCUUUAGUACUGAUUUGUUUUACUUGGCGAGUUAUAUCAAGCUAGUUUAAUUUGUCAUUAGGAACUAGCUAGCUCAAAGCUGACUAGCCCAGGUAACCAGCUAGUUAGCUCGCAAUUUAACGUGCUGACUGGUCAUCGUUUGCAUUUAACAAGCUCAGGGCAAAACAGCAUGAUGAAGCACACACACAGCUGGUGCCAGACGCCCCCGUCCGUCACAGUGCGAAUCAAACCCACAACCCGCACCCUGCAGCUCCGGAGAACCCUCUGGCUGAAGAGGCCUAACCAGCAGGAGGGCCGGGCCCCACCGGGAAAGACCCACAAUAUCAGGGGCCAAGAGGAGGCUCUCCGUGACAGAACAACCUGGGGCCCAAAGCUUGUCAUUCAGCGACAAGAAAUGGCUGCUUUCUUCAAGCUCUUUGACGAUGAUUUGAUACAGGAUUUCCUGUGGAUGGACUGCUGUUGUAAGAUCACAGACAAGUACCUGCUGGCCAUGAGCUUCGUGUACUUCAAGCGAGCCCGUUUCAGCAUCGCAGAGCACACCCGAAUGAACUUCUUCAUCGCUUUGUAUCUGGCGAACACCAUGGAGGAGGACGAGGAGGAGACCAAGUACGAGAUCUUCCCCUGGGCGCUGGGUAAGAGCUGGAGGAAGCACUUCCCAGGGUUCCUGAAGGAGCGCGACAGGCUGUGGGGACGCAUCGAGUACCGCGCGGCCGUGAGCCGCCGCUGCUGUGAGGAGGUGAUGGCCAUCGUCCCCUCUCACUUCCUGUGGCAGCGGGAGCGGGCGGAGCACCACAGCGGGGCGCAGCGGCAGUACGGGGACCGGGACGAGGUGCGCCUGCCCCGCGGGCCCUCCGCCACCCCCACCCACUGCCUGCUGUGCGCCAAGCAGAGCUCCCGCCUGGACCCCGGCCUCUCCUCCUCUUCCUCCUCCUCCUCCAGCUCCUCCCACUGCGUGCUGUGCGCCAAGCAGAGCUCCUGCCUGGACCCCAGCAUCCUCAGCUCCUCCUCCUCCUCCGGCAGCUCCUCCCCUAUGCCCUUCCCUGGCUCCCUGUCUCUGGAGACCACCCCACCUAGGGGCCCGGCUCCCAGGAAGCUGUCCCGACGGACCAGGGCCCAGCCGUCCGGCGACAACACAGGAGCGGCCACCAGGAGGCACUGUUCCCCUGAAGGUAAUGAGGAUCCCUCCAUGGACUGGAUCAAUGAGGAGUAGGAUCUGGCCCAAAACAUUGUCCUUCAGUCCCCCUUUCUCCAAUCACCCAGUCCUGUGUCAUCCCAGUCAAACCACUGACUGCCAUGC